AUGAGCUAUAAUGACGAUAAUAAUAUGGACUAUGACCCGUUUGACAACAUGGACUUCAGGACAAUGUAUGUUAAUUGUCUUAUCUUUUGUUGAUGUUUCAGUAACGUUAAUACACAACGGCUUGAUUUGCUGGAGCAAAGGCGGAAGGUUCUGAAUGGCACUGACCCUAAAUUGCAAGUUGAGAUAGCCAAAAUAAAGGAGCAACUGAAUGAGAGGAACUUAAUACUUAAUGCUCAGAUGGAUGUAAGUACUUCGCGCAAUACCAACAGAAAUUGUUUAUUCUUAGGCAGAGUAUAAGUGGAUAUCUACUAGAUGUAAACAAGAGUCUGAACAGUUGGAAACCGACGAAACAAGCGAGUUGUCCAAUGUAAUAACAAAAUUAUCUGACGAGUUGGAUAGUUUAAAGCAAAGCCUGGAGGAUUAUGUACAUAAAAUGGAUUUGUUUGACCGAAAGACUCUUCAAGUCUUUGAGUCAGUUUGUCAAGAAUUAAAUGUGGAUGAUAAAAUGGAUGGAGAUUACACGUAAAUGGUUUUCUCUUUCGUUCGAAUUUUAAUAAUUUAGUCAAGACAACCCGUUGUCUCUUUUGGAAAAGCGAUCUGUAAUGCCCGGAAGACUUAUAUCGGACGCUGCUAUAAAAGAAGACCUCAUUCAUCUAAACCAAAGUUUUGUUACAACGGAAGUUGAUACACCAGAAGUCCCGAAACUGAUGAGACCGAGACAUAAAGUGGUCAUGGACAAGGCCAGGUUAAUAUACGAUGGAAAAACGUAAGCAACUUUCGUCCAUGUAAACUAGAUCUGCAGGUUUUAUCGCGGUCAAAAACUAUUUGUGCAGACGAUGAAUUACACAAAAUUCCCAGCAAUUGUGUUUGCUCUGGCUGAUGAAUAUGUACAUAUUAGGUCUCGAACACCUGGAGAUACACGGGAAGUGUUUGCUACUAUUGAUGAUCUCAGAGCGGGAAGGGUCAGAAUCGGCCGGAAAGUCGUCACAUCACCUUGA